AUGGAGCCAGUUGUUGAUAGACCGAUGCUGAGACUGAAGCACAUGUAUGCAGGAGCAAAAGUAAUAGAAUUUGGAGGAAAUGCAAUUGGACUGAGUCAAGAUGAAGGUGAAGCAUUCUACUUUCGCGAAUAUCCGUAUUACAUGAAGCUGGGAGCAAAGCAAACCAAUGGUCAAUAUAUGAUUAUGGAAGGUAUUAUAAUGCCUGGAGAAGCCGGUGGAAUGAAAGAUGCCGAUAUUGGACUUGGAUGGAUCCAUCAAGAGGUCAAGAACGAUAAAACACUGAUUGAUCCAGAUAAUCGAGAUAUUGUUCAUCAUUUAGUGUUGUCAGAAUGUAAGCCUACAGCUGUAUUCGAUGAUAACAAUUUACCACAUGGUAUAUAUGAUGAAAUUACGGAAAGUAUUUUUCCAUGCUUUUCAAGUAUCGCUACUAUAUGGGUUGUUGAUGAGGAAAUAGUAGAAUAUUUAGAGAUUGGUGGAUAUCCAAUAGGUGGUGAUUUUGAGAUAAAAUAUUAUAUGCUUCAAAUGCAUUAUGAUAAUCUUAAUAAUUCAGGUGUCAGAUUUUAUCUUAAAAAAGAACUGCGUCAAUAUGAAUUUGGUUAUCUUACACUUGGUGUAGAUAAAACUCCUUUUUCUGUUGCUAUUCCACCAAAAGCUGAUCGAUUUAUAUUCGAUUCUUAUUAUCCAGCUGAACCAACACAAGGCGAUGAAUUGGCUACUCGAUGUAUUUAUAGUACAACAAACAAAAUUGAUAUAACUUUAGUAAAAUAA